AUGGAAGGCGAUGAACUCGGUGGAAAUUUGGUUAGGUUAGACAAUGGAUUUCUCGUCGAUGAAGAGACUUACGUUGUAAACACCGACGAUGUAUUGGAACAAGAAGAAAACAAUUCCGAUUCUAAUAGUGGAGGUAAAAAUGUGCCCUUAAGAGAACAAGAUCGUUUUUUACCAAUAGCAAAUAUAGCUAAGAUUAUGAAAAGGGCAAUUCCAGAAAAUGGAAAGAUUGCAAAAGAUGCUCGAGAAUGUGUACAAGAGUGCAUAUCAGAAUUUAUAUCAUUUAUAACUAGUGAGGCAAGUGAUCGAUGCCAAAUGGAAAAGAGAAAAACUAUUAAUGGUGAAGAUGUGUUGUUUGCAAUGAAUGCACUUGGCUUCGAUAAUUAUGUAGAACCUUUAAAGGUAUAUCUAAAAAAGUACAGGGAAAUUGUUUUAUCACCUGUUACAAUUAACAAACUUAAUAAAACAAUUGUUGUAUAUGGAAGUGAUGGAACCUCAUGUGUGAGUGAAAACGACUCUGAGACCCAGACUGAAACUGUCAUAUACAGUUAUCCAAAAGUAAUUGGAGAUUUCACGAUUUCU